ACCAUAGAGGUAGGAAGGCGGAGCGUGAGAGGUGCCGAGAGCGAAGGUGUCCGUCGGUGCUGGGAGUCGGGAGACGCUGAGAAGGACGUGUUUCUUCAGGGUUCACAAUGGCCAUGCAGAAGGUAAAUUCCCUUUUCCUAAAUUCCACUGGAAAAGAUGUGAAUCCUGACCUUGACAUAGAAAGGAAAAACCCCUCCUUCGAUGUAGAGCGGCUUACCAAUAUAUUGGAUGGUGGUGCUGAAAAUACCCGGAUCCGGAGAGCAGUAGAUACCUGGCUUCAAAAAGACCCGGAAUUUAGCAAGGAAAACCAGUACUUCCGGACCCAGAAUGAAAGAUACGAAGAUGCUGUUAGGAGGUCUUUUUAUCUGGAAAAAAAGAUGAAUGAAAUGAAAUGGGCCGAAGAUGGACCUGAGCGGAAGUAUUGCUUCAGGGCUCUCAAUGGUCAUUUGGCCUUUAAUGUACAUCAAGUCUUCCUGAAGAGCAUUUUGGGAUUGGGCACAGAUGAGCAGAUUGCCAAAUGGGGCCCCUUAGCAGAGAAGUUUUACAUCUCAGGAACUUACGCCCAAACUGAACUAGGGCAUGGAACAUACCUUCGGGGCUUGGAAACGACAGCCACUUUUGAUGUUGCUACUCAAGAGUUCAUCCUCAAUACACCGAGCAUCUCUGCCAUGAAAUGGUGGCCCGGAGAAUUGGGACGGACAGCGACUCAUGCUGUGGUUUUUGCUCAGCUGUACCUGAAAGAGAAGUGUUACGGCAUGCAUCCUUUCAUGCUGCAGAUUCGCAGCCUUCUAGAUCAUUCUCCAAUGCCAGGAGUGACUGUAGGGGAUAUUGGUCCUAAAAUGAGCUUUGAAAAUGUCGACAACGGCUUUCUUCUACUGAAGAAUGUUCGGGUUCCAAGGGAAAACAUGUUAUCCAGAUUUUCUCAGGUUCUGCCAGAUGGACAGUAUAGGAAACAAGGGUCUGACAAGAUUAACUACUUGACUAUGAUGGUGAUCCGUACGCAAAUUCUUGAAUAUGAAGUUGUCCCUCUGCUGAUGAAGGCGUGCACCAUUGCUGUCCGAUAUUCUGUUGUGCGCCGUCAGUCUGAAUUAAAGCCUGGUGACCCAGAGGCAAAGAUCCUUGACUAUCAGACUCAGCAGCAGAAGCUGUUACCUCAGCUUGCAACCGCUUAUGCCCUUUUCUUCGUUUGUGGCUAUCUUCAGGAAGUCUUUGACAAGGGCUACAGAGAAACUAAAGAAGGAAAAUUUGAUAUGCUUCCAGAGCUUCAUGCGCUCACUUCAGGCCUUAAAGUGAUAGCUACAGACUACAGUUCAGCUGGUGCGGAGGUGUGCCGAAGGGCCUGUGGGGGACAUGGCUACUCUCUGCUCAGUGGUCUGCCUACCUUAUGCACGAAAUUGGUUGCCUCUUGCACCUACGAGGGGGAAAACACGGUGCUUCUUCUGCAGACAGCCAGGUUUCUCAUCAAAUGCUUUGGGGCAGCAAUAAAUGGCAAGCCUCUUCCUCCCUCAGUUGCCUACCUCUCCUCUGAAAACCUUGGCAAAUGCCGGGCAAAAGAAAAGAGGGAUUUCCUCAAUCCGGAUGUUUACGCUGAUGCCUAUAGGCAAAGAGCAUUCAGAAUGCUAAGAAAGGCAGCCAACAAGCUCCAGAUGUUGGUUCAGUCAGGAAUAGCCCAAUAUGACGCAUGGAACCGGUGCUCUGUCCAGCUGGCACAGGCUGCUAUGGCCCACAGCCAUUACAUUGUGGUAGAAAAAUUCGUAGAAGCACUGGAGAGAUUUGGGCAAGAGGCUGGCAUUCAAAGGAUCCUGAAACAUCUCUGUGACCUCUUUGCUUUGCAUGGGAUUCACUCUGACAUGGGAGGCUUCAUGCAGGAUGGGUACCUUUCCACAGAGCAAACUGCCAUGGUGACUGAAUCGUACCUGGAUCUCUUGGCUAUCAUUCGGAGAGAUGCUGUGCCACUGGUGGACGCGUUUGACUUCUCUGAUGGCAAUUUGAAUUCCGCCCUUGGAUGCUAUGAUGGCCGGGUAUAUGAGCGGCUGUAUGAAUGGGCCAAGAAGUCACCAACCAAUCAGCAGGGGAACCAGAUCUUCAAGACUUAUUUGAAGCCUCUUUUCCAGAAUGCCCUAUCAAAACUAUAAUUUUUUUUCAAGAAGUGAAACGAAGGCUGCAGUGAGAAACAACACUUCUAGUUGUCAGUAAUACAACUUGCACAAAGAUAUGAUGCAGACUGCUUUGCAGUCUUGCAUGUUCUGCCAUCCCACUGAGACGAUUUGGCAAUUACCUAAUACUAACAGCUGUGUGGACCUUCUGUCCACACAAAACAGACCCAAUUUUAUGUUUGCAUCAGCCAGUUUCAGAUGACAUAGAUUCAGCCUCAUCCAUCGGAAUUGCUGCUGCAGGGUUCUUUUCAGAACAGGGGUCAGGUGUGAUCCUCUACCUCAGUGGUUCCUAACCUUGGGUCUAAUCCAGGUGUUCGUGGACUGCAUCUCCUAGAAGCCUUCACCUCUGGCUGUGCUCGCUGGAGUUUCUGGGAGUUGCAGUCCAAGAACACCUAGGUUACUUAAGGUUGGGAACCACUGCUCUACCAGCACCAAUGGGGAAGCUGUGACCCUCUUAAUGUGUCAGGCUGCAAGUCCCAACAGCCGUAGCGUUAACGUGGGUGUUGACGGUCAACAUUAGAGGAAUGGAUCUCUACAUUUUUGCCUUAUAAGCAGAUUUUGUGUUGGUACAAUUACCACUGGGAUGUUAACAGGGAAAAAGGUGUGUGUGCAUUUGUCCACUUUUAACCCUGGCAUAUAUUUUUUUUUAAAAAAUGGCAGUCCAAUAAAUUUGGGGUAUAUUUGGACCAAUAUAUAUUUGCAGAAAAGCUGGGGUCAAGGUUAGCAGGUCUUAUGAGUCCCGAGCCCACUUAGAAGUUCCAGUGUAUCUCUUUCCCCAAAAUGGAGCCAACGGACAGAUGACCACAGGCUAUUUUUGCUUCUUGACAUAAUGGCUCAUGGAAAAGAGCAUGGGACAUGGUUGCCUUGAUACAUUACAUUGGCUGGGACAACAGCAGACUGCAAUAGAUUUGUUGAGACAAUAUUUAUCCCAGCUGUUCUUUGCAGGGAAGGGAAAGAAUGUACACGGCAAAUGGCUGAAGUUUGGGGUCAUUCUUCAAGUGACAGUGUAAUAAAAUGCCUACUUUGUACAUAGGGAUGUGAGGAAUACUUGCUAAAUGCUUUGUUGUCAUAGAUGCAUGUUGAAAUGAAAAACUUCGAAGACCAACACAAUUCUUCACCUCCAGAACAAAAGCGAGACAGACAAGGGCUGAAAUCUUGUUACUUAGUCUUAGUAAGUCACAACUAGAGAAAGGCUAUUUGAAUCCAUGAAAGCUACACAGGAUUCCAAACACGGGAGUUUCCAAAUACCCACUGAUUCAGUGGGCCUUCUUUAAUGUCACUUAACAACACUAAGCAACAGCAUUUCAGCCAAGAAGUGCCUUUUGUUUUUAAUGUCAGAAUUUUUUUGCCAAUUUGCACACAGUGCCUCUGCAGCAGUUCACUUAAAAAUCCAAUGUCCUUUCCCUUUACAGUGGUGCCUUGAGUUGCAAGCUUAAUUCGUUCCAGGAUGGUAGUCGUAACUCAAGUUGGU